ACGUGAGUGAAAGUGGUGUCAGCCAUUUUAGCCCCCCCCCACACACACACACAUUUUUCUGCUUUAUUAUCCACACCGGAGCUCACUGGAGGAGGAAUCUAUCGAAUUGGCAUCAGCGUAAAAAGAAAGAACGCACGACGCUCGAUUGUUUUUCUCUCCCUCUAGCCUUUUUCUCCAUCCCUGCGCUGCAAGACAGUAGCGUGCGCUCGGCAUUGCAGGCUGGGCUGUUCUCUCGCUGGAGUUAAACCCGGAUGCGGGGCUGCUGGUGCGUCUGAAACCGACGCCGGCUUCCUUCAGCAUCACCCCCUCACUUCCCAGAGAGAGAGAGAGACAGCCCCGGUAGAUAGCCGAGAGAGGGAGGAAUUGGAGGAGGACGAUGGGGAAGAGGCGCGCUGUAGCAUAGAGAGCUAGACCCAGAAUGUUACAUUUUAGCCCGGCGUAUAUUGUGUCAUUAUGAAACCAUUAGCAGCAGCAGCCAGCCAUGGAGUCCCGAGCCAGCAAGAUAAAAACCCGCUCCCCGCGGACUUCAGUCGACUCCACCUGGCCGACGGCUUGCACCCACAGGUGACCCACGUUUCUUCCAGCCACUCAGGAUGUAGUAUCACCAGCGACUCUGGAAGCAGCAGCCUGUCAGACAUAUACCAGGCCACGGAGAACGAGCCGGGCGACAUGGACCUCAGCGGCCUGCCCGAGACCGCUGUCGACUCAGAGGAGGACGACGACGAGGAGGACAUGGAGCGAGCGUCGGACCCACUCAUGAGCCGCGACGUUGUGCGGGACUGCCUCGAGAAGGACCCCAUGGACCGCACCGAUGACGACAUAGAGCAAUUACUGGAGUUCAUGCAUCAGCUGCCAGCGUUUGCCAACAUGACCAUGUCGGUGAGGAGGGAGCUGUGUGCCGUCAUGGUCUUUGCCGUGGUCGAGCGGGCCGGCACCAUCGUCCUCAACGACGGGGAAGAGCUGGACUCGUGGUCAGUGAUCCUGAAUGGCUCGGUGGAGGUGACGUACCCCGAGGGCAGGCCUGAGAUCCUGUGUAUGGGGAACAGCUUUGGGGUCUCUCCCACCAUGGAGAAGGAAUACAUGAAGGGAGUAAUGAAGACCAAGGUGGACGACUGUCAGUUUGUGUGCAUAGCGCAGCAGGACUACUGCUGCAUCCUCAACCAGGUGGAGAAGAACAUGCAGAAGGUGGAGGAGGAGGGCGAGAUCGUCAUGGUCAAGGAGCACCGCGAGCUGGACCGCACCGGUACCAGGAAGGGACACAUCGUCAUCAAGGGUACGACGGAGCGUCUGACCAUGCACUUGGUAGAGGAGCACUCGGUGGUGGACCCCACCUACAUCGAGGACUUCCUGCUGACCUACAGAACCUUCCUCUCCAGCCCCAUGGUCGUGGGCAAGAAGCUCCUCGAGUGGUUCCAUGACCCAAGCCUCAGGGACAAGGUUACACGGGUAGUCUUGCUAUGGGUGAACAAUCACUUCAAUGACUUUGAAGGCAACCCUGCAAUGACUCACUUUCUUGAAGAGUUCGAAAGCAAUCUUGAGAGAGAGAAAAUGUGCGGCCAUCUUAGACUGUUAAACAUUGCCUGUGCUGCUAAAGCCAAACUGCGUCUCGUGACACUGACCAAGCCGUCGAGGGAGGCCCCGCUAGCCUUCACCCUGCUGGGGGGCUCUGAGAAGGGCUUCCGCAUCUUCAUCGACAGCGUGGAGCCCGGGAGCAAGGCCGCAGAGGCCGGCCUCAAACGAGGAGACCAGAUUCUGGAGGUGAAUGGGCAGAACUUUGAAAAUGUCCAGCUCACCAAAGCCAAUGAGAUCCUGAGGAACAACACCCACUUGUCCAUUUCUGUGAAAACCAAUCUUUUAGUGUUCAAGGAGCUACUAGCCCGGCCGGAGCACGACCACGAGGCAGAGGGGGAGGAGGUGGACCGCAAGAAUGGAGCCCCAGCACACCUACCCAAGAUUGGGGACAUCAAGAAGGGCUCGCGCUACUCCAUCCCUGACCUGGCGGUGGACGUUGAGCAGGUGAUGGGCCUGGAGAAGGCCAGUAAGAAGGCCAAAGCCAACACGGUGGGAGGAAGGAACAAGCUCAAGAAGAUCUUCGACAAGACGCUCACCAGCAUCCUGCCCCCAAAACCAUACAACGAUGUGGGCGUGGGCCAGUCGCAGGACGACAGCAUCGUGGGCCUGAAGCAGUCCAAGCAGAUUCCGGCCUCGCUGCCUGUCAGCAGCAACCUAUCGUCCAGCAACCCUGACCUGCUGCAGUCCCACCACCGCAUCCUGGACUUCAACAACCAACCGGACAUGUCCGACCAGGUGCUGCGAGUGUUCAAGGCAGACCAACAGAGUCGAUACAUCAUGAUUGGUAAAGACACCACGGCCAAGGAGGUGGUGGCCCAGGCCAUCCGGGAGUUCGCCCUGACUGCGGUGCCCGAAGCCUAUUCGCUGUGCGAGGUGUCCGUUACGCCGGAGGGUGUCAUCAAGCAACGACGGCUACCAGAGCAGCUGUCCAAGCUGGCUGAUAGGAUACAGCUCAGUGGCAGAUACUACCUGAAGAGCAACAUGGAGACAGAGACUCUCUGUUCAGACGAGGACGCCCAGGACCUUCUUCGUGAAGGCCAGAUCUCCCUCCUCCAGCUCUCCACUGUGGAAGUAGCCACGCAGCUCUCCAUGCGUGCCUUCGAACUCUUCUGCGCCAUCGAGCCCACCGAGUACAUCGAUGACCUGUUCAAGCUCAAGUCCAAGACGGGCUCAUUUUGCCUCAAGCGCUUCGAGGAGGUCAUCAACCAGGAGACCUUCUGGGUGGCGUCGGAGGUGAUCAGGGAGCCCAACCAGCUCAAGCGCAUGAAGAUUGUCAAGCACUUCAUCAAGAUUGCUCUCCAUUGUAGAGAGUGCAAGAACUUCAACUCCAUGUUCGCUAUCAUCAGUGGUCUGAACCUGGCCCCGGUAUCUAGACUCCGGGGCACGUGGGAAAAGCUCCCCAGUAAGUACGAGAAGCUGUUUGGGGACCUGCAGGACCUGUUUGACCCGUCCAGAAACAUGGCCAAGUACCGCAACGUGCUCAACAACCAGAACCUACAGCCGCCCAUCAUCCCCCUGUUUCCCGUCAUCAAGAAGGACCUCACCUUCCUGCAUGAAGGGAACGACUCCAAAGUGGACGGCCUGGUGAACUUUGAGAAGCUGCGGAUGAUCGCCAAGGAGAUCCGACACGUGGGUCGCAUGGCCUCCGUCAACAUGGACCCUGCGCUCAUGUUCAGAACCAGGAAGAAGAAAUGGAGGAGUUUAGGGUCUCUUAGCCAGGGCAGUGCCAACGCGGCGGUGCUAGACGUCACCCAGACAGGCGGGCACAAGAAGCGAGUGAGGCGCAGCUCCUUCCUGAACGCCAAGAAGCUGUACGAGGAUGCCCAGAUGGCCCGCAAGGUCAAGCAGUACCUGUCCAACCUCAGCCUGGAGACCAACGAGGAGGCGCUGCAGACCCUCUCGCUGCAGUGUGAGCCCUCCAUCAACACACUGCCCAAGAACGCUGGUGGCGGUAAGAGGCCAGACACGUCUCCGGUGGUAUCUAGGGCUGCCAGCCAGCAGAGGGGCCAGCUGCAGAAGGGCAACCAGGCCCUUCAGGUGCCCGCUGUGGCCCUUUACCCCUCCCGCAAGAAAGUGCCAGUCAAGGACCUGCCACCAUUCGGCACGAGUUCCCCUCAGUCGCUGAAGAAGAUCCUAUCGCUGUCGGAGGAGGCCAGCGAGCGUCACAAGCGUCAGACGGAGGACACGGUGUCUAAUGCCUCCUCGCAGCUCUCCUCCCCUCCCACCUCCCCCCAGAGCUCGCCCAGGAAGGGCUACCCAAGAACGGGAGACACCUACUCGGACUCGGGUCACAGCGAGAUUUCGUCGCGCUCCAGCCUGGUCAGCAACUCCUCCUUCGACAUGGCCCAGGAGGAGAGGAGGGGGCUCAGGCACUCAGGAGGGGUGGGAGACCCCCACGCUGGAGGAGUGCGUCUGGAGAGGAGGGCUACGACCGACCCUGAUCAGUACAGCCUCGGUUCCUACUCGUCCAUGCAGGACUGCCGGGGCCUGUAUGCCUGCGCCAUGGUGCUCUCCUCCCCCAGCUCAGAGGAGUUGACCCAGGACCAAGGGGACCGUGUCUCCCUGGAUGCCGCCGAUAGCGGCCGUGGCUCCUGGACCUCUUGCUCCUCGGGCUCCCAUGACAACAUCCAGACCAUGCAGCAGGGGCGUAGCUGGGAGACCCUGGCCUUCGGACCGGGGGGUGUCAUCGGCGGGAGCAUUGGUGUCCACCCACCCGGGGGGCCUGAAGCAUUACUAGGGGGCCCCGCUGGACUGUGGGCGUCCCAGGCUAGAGGUAGCUGGGCAUCAGCCUCUUCAUCUUCCUCUGCGGCGUACUGGGGCGAGGACUCCGAGGGCGACACGGGCACGAUUAAACGGCGAGGCGGGAAGGAUGUGAACACCGACCCGGAGACGAGUAGUAUCACAUCGAUGGGGUCCGACGAGGCCAAGCAGCACGGAAGGCCUACGCCAUCACCCAUCACUGCCGGAAACAAGGGCCUUAUCACGCGAAAGGAGAGCCGGUACCGUGAGCCCCCUCCAACCCCGCCGGGCUACACUGCCCUGACAAUCUCUGACUUCAGCGAAGGGCAGACGCAGUCACCGCCCACAGCACCGGCCCACUCCGGCCGCCGCCCGCCCGAUUACACCACGGCCCUGCAGCGCUCGCGCAUGGUCACCCAGUCGCCUGACUCCCAUCACCACCACCAGGCCCAACAACAUGCCAAGCGCCAAGGGCUCCACCGCACCCGCUCGCCAGGCGAGGAGGAAGAGCCUGAGGAGGAAGAGGAGGGUGAGUCCUUGUCUCCCAAACUAGUCGCUCUGAGGAAGACAGUGGCACACACAACACCAGAGACAACCAGGCCAUGAGAUGAGUGUACGGGUUACAGGGCAGGUCCCCCUCAGGCUGAGAGGAUGAGCAGGUAUCAGCAGUCUGAGAACGGUCUUCUGCUGGAUGUCCUUUGCAGUGACUUGAAGUCCCUUCCAUGGGCGCGGAACAAGAGAGACUGACUUGAUUGAUUGAUUGAUGGACAGAUCAAUCCAGUACGUGCCUGCCUGCCUCCUCUUCCGGACUCUCCGUCAUUGGUGGACUCCUCUGCUCGUAUCCCCCCCCCCUCGCCUUAAAGCAUCAUGGGGGGUUGAAUGACCCUGCAUGCAAAAAAAAAAAUACUGUGAAGAAGAAGAUGGAGAGAUGGAAAAAGAAAGACACAAAAUGCCUGGCACUUUGGGGGAAAAAAGAAAAACAAGUCGGCUAAAAUAACGGCUACGUGCGGCAACCGCGUACACACACACACACACACAGCUGUCAUGGAACAGCUUUCCAAGACUAACCCCGUAUCUCAACCCCACCUCGCUUUACACACACAGUAUCAUGACGUGAAGCUUUGUCUGCACUUUUUAAUUUUCUACUUUAUAAAACGAGAACAAAAUGGACAAUGACGAUGGAGGGAAAAAACAAACAUUUGAUCAAUUUUUGAACUUUCUUCUAGGUUUCUAGAGGUCUUCUUUCCAGAACUAUUGCACUCGGGGGGAGGGGGUAAAAGUGGCUAUACCCAAGUCUCAUAUCCCUGUGUGGACUCUGAAAAACAGAUCUGUCAAUCUUAAGAGUUUUAUUCCACAAUUACAGUAUUAUCUUGUCAUUCACAUAUCCUAAUGGUGGCUCAACCCCCACUGCUACCUGGACAGUCACAGUGAGAGAAAUAAGUUGGGCUGACCAAUAUAUCAUUUGGGGGGACCAACAUGCACGUUUCAUAAUCUAAUGUUCUGACACACACUGGGCAAGUCUGGCUUCAGCACUUCUCAGUACAACUUUAGGUUUUAGUGCAACCCUCCAUUCCUAACCCUGACCUGGAUAUCUUGUCUAUUUCCGAUAUGGCCAGCCACAUCUUCAGUUCUAGGUCAUAUACGAUAUGUGGCAGGUUGUGUGGAUCAUAGCAGUGACCCAACUAGGGAGUCAAUCUGGCUAUUUGAUAUCCAUGUUUUAACCUAGGUCAUCUGGUGACUUAUAUUAAUUCUGUAUUUAGACAACAUUUUAAAGGACAACUACAGGAGAUUUUCUUAGCUUAGUCUUGUCCCUAAUGGGUUGUGAUGUUAAAAGAUAAGCACAAAGGCUUUUUAUACCCGAUUGGCAAAUCAACCACCUCUGGGAACGUGUUUUUAGUUAUACACCCCAAAGGCAUGUCAAGGCUUAAAUCCUAUACAGGUGAAUGGAGUCUCAUGCCUUUCAGCGGUGCUGCAUAACCAAACGCUUUCCCUGGGUUCUGUCAACCAUUUAAAGUAACUGUCCAGUGGAAAUCUAACUUUAAAUACUUCCUAUUCUGUUAACUCAUGCCCAAAUAUUGUUGACUCAUCCUAUCCUCGUAUUUGUCGCCAAACAUUAAUUGGAGAAAAACACUUUUUUGUUGUUGUAAACAUAUCAAACCAUUUAAAAGAAUGCUUGCUAUUUCAUCAUAGAGAAUGAUGUGCUGGCCAAUCAGCGGUCUACUUGCAUGAAUAUGUUUUAUGACAGGUAUACGCCCACACCAUUCCAACAACAACAAGCUGCUUUUCUUUUUUUGUUGUGGAAAGGAAAACAAUUUCACUCAGUGUAAUUAUUAUAGGUCAUAUUUCAUAGAGAUCUGGAAACGAAACACUGGACAGUUAAUUUUUUAGACUGAACUAGAAUACACCUCUCCUACCUUGCCAUCGGCAACAUCCUCCUCUUCAUCGAAAAGUCCUCCGCUGUUACAGGCAUCAAGAUCAAUGGAUUUGUAUAUUACCAGGCAAUGCUAAGCAUAGAGCAACCUGUUUUCCACCAUUUCUUAACACCAUCGCAAUUGACUGAAGAAAAUUAUUGAAUAUGUUUGUUUUGACUCCGGUGGGGAAGUUACCAAGAUGAAAGAAUUCACUUUGAAGGCUGCCAAUCAGAAUUAGUGUCACUUUUUAGUUUUUCUUUUCACUGAGUUGUGCUGAUCACAUUGAUCAGUAGUUAGAAACAAUAGACUGAGAAGGAGAAGGGGAAAAAAACAAGUGCUGUGUUUUUCACUGUUGGCUGUUACUACACUAUUUCUGUCCAUUUUUAUUAUUUUCAUGGCCGCCGAUAGAUUGUCAAUCAUGCGUUUUAAUACAAUGGUGACACGCAUCAUCAUUCACUCUUUCAGCUCUGAAGAUCAUGUGGAUAUUAGCAGGCCAAGGCCUAUUUGGAAAAACAAAGACGUUGCACAACAUUGUACAAGCAUAAAGAUAAUUGUAGUAGGUAGAACUGCUACUCCGUUUUGAUGUGUGAUGUCAAGUGAGAAGUGUACAUUUAGCUGGUGAUUUCUCAUACUUUCUUCUACUACUUUGACCUGUAUGUCUUUUAAAAAGACAAUCGGUGGAGUAUGUUUCGGUUGUUGUUGUUUUUUGUAUUUUUAAUACAAUAAUUGUAAAUAUUGGUUAUAUUUUUGUUGAAAUGUACUAUGUUUAUGCCUCAACAUCCAGUUUGUAUGAAGCUGGGAAAUCAAUAAAUAAUACAAAAGUUAUCAAUUCAUAGUGCA